UUGUUUUUGCCAAGGUAUUUUCGAAAUCUUCCAUUAAAAUUGGAGGUAUUUUUCUGUUUGUGACUUUGAGGAAUCACAAUAACUCCGGCCACCAUGGAUGUUAACACGUCCUACGGGAACAAAAUAGUCGAGGAUUUAAAGAUAGAAAUGGAAACUAUCCUCGAAAAUUUUGAUGACUUAUGGUCCGGCGGGGAUCCUGUUACUCGACAACGUUUCUUCCUACGAACGAUCACACCCAUGAUCGUAUCCGUGACUUGUUAUGUAUUAUUUGUCGAACUUAUAGGCCCAGCCAUUAUGAAGAACCGGAAGCCAAUACAAAUGCGAAAGUUAAUGACAGUUUAUAAUUUCAGCCUAGUCAUAUUUUAUCUUUAUUUCCUUUUUAGGGGUGCUUUCUUCAUACCUGUCUUAGGGUUUAAUUUCAUUUGUGGUUCACUCAAUGAAAAUGAAACGCCAAUAAUUCCAGAAGUCUUUGAUUUAGGAUAUCAGCUAUAUUUUGUAAGGUACAUAGAGUUACUAGACACGGUGUUUCUGGUGUUGAGUAAAAAAAACAACAUGAUUACACCUCUUCAUGUCUUCCAUCAUGCCAUUGUUCCCGUCUUUGGAUUUUUUGGAUUUCGAUCAGAAACGAGUGGGUACCUUGCAGUUUUCAUGGCGUUAAAUUCCAUAGUUCACAUCGUCAUGUAUACCUAUUAUGGUAUAGCCGCAAUGGGACCAGAAUAUCAAAAAUAUGUGUGGUGGAAGAAAUAUUUAACAACUUUUCAAAUCACACAGUUCUUCCUUAUGACUUUUUAUCUCCUCAUCAUGUCUUCCAUUGGUUGCAUCACCUCUAAACUAACGUUUGCUUUUUCAUUUUUCUUAACGGUACUUUUUUUCUUCCUUUUCAUCGACUAUUAUCGUAAGAUCUAUAAUAGAGGUGAAAAAAAGAGUGAGAAAAAUGGAAUAUACAAAAACGGAACCUACAAGAAUGGAAUCCCAGAAGCUUAUAAGAAUGAAACAAAGAAAUUAGAAUAAAUUUUAAUUAAAAUAAAAACAGAUAAACUGAAUAUUUAUCGCUAACUGUAACGCGUUAUGUAAGUUUCUUUUGUAUUGAAAUGUUUAUCAAUUUUUUAAAAAUUUGUACAUAAUGAUUGCUUGAUUUGGAAGUCUUGGUCAUUGAGAUUAAUUUCACACCCAAAUAUGGGAAAAGAAUCUUUUCUUUAUUAAUGCAAAGAAAAUGCAGCAGUGACCAAGAUGUUUCUUAAUGACUACCCUUAAUCUAUAUAUUUUGAAUUCCUAACAAAAAUGGAGCUAAACAACUGUGAAACAAUCCAAAAAACAAUCCUAAAUUAAUACUUAAGUGAAAAAUAUUUAUUAAAUGCAAUGGAAAUUCAAAUCAUUAAUGAUGAAAGCGAGACUGAAAACUUUAUGCUGGAGGCAAAAAAUUGAAGUUGAAAAUCAAUUAUAUAUGACACCUCUUCCUUUUCUCUGGCAGUCAAACUGGUUUUGAUGUUCUUUAUUCGUCUUUUUUAUUAGUGACUCAUUAGAUUGCAAUGGUGUUUUUAUUUUUUCUUUGCUGAAAUAUUAAUUUGUGACCCUUAAUGUUUAUAUUUUUUGGAAUUUUUUUUUUUGCAAAUGGUCUAAAAAUAUUAAAAUAUCAGUCAUUACAGAACAAUCUGUUUAAUUAAUGAAACAUAUCAUUAAAACAAGUACUUGCAUCUACAUUUUAAUAUAGCUUAUUUCAUUGCAUUAUUCAUUUUUAUUGUCCAGUUUCUUUCGUUCCACUAACUGUGUAGACAGUUUCUCAAAAGAGCAUUGCGGCAAAAAAAAAUUUCUAGCACUUUUGAAAUGAAAACUGAAUUUUAAACGAUGUUUCAAUUUUAAACGAACUUUAGUUUUAAACGAUGUUUUGUUAUUAGCUAUAUACUAUUAAAAAUUGAUUAGAAAAGCAGGUUUUUUUUAAAUAAAUCUUAUUGAUUGAUGUUCUUUUUCAAGUCAGAGCUUACCUUUUCUCACUUGAGAAAUAUGAGCAAUUCUACAAAUAAACGCCAAUUAGGCGGCCAAAAAAAAAAAUAUUGGGGGGCACACUAUUUCUACAUGAAUUUUCUUCUUUUUUAAACCCU